AUGUCUAUCAGCCUCCCUCCAAACCCUGCAGUGUACCUCCUCCUGGUAUCACUGCCAGCUUUGGUCCUGUCCGAGACCAAGUCCAUAUAUAUAGGCCACUGUAUCUUCAAACCAGUCUCCUCCCUGGCCUUUCUUACAGGACCGCUUCUCUUAACAUUCAAUGAACCCUCACCCUACCGCAAACUCAUCACCUGGGGCCUCUUCUUCUCUUUCAUCGGAGAUAUACUCCUAAUACCCUCGCGAAGCGAAUACACCAAACGGCCCCAGACCAAAGACAAAGACAGCACCAGCCAAGAAGUUUCAAUCUCCGCAUCCUUUAAAGCUGGAAUAGGCGCAUUUGCAGCCGCUCAUAUAGCUUAUAUCCUUGCCUUUUUGAAAGAUACGCAGACGAUAUCAUGGCCUAUAUUCGGAAGUGUGGUGGUAGCUUCUUUGCUGGCUGCGAAGUGGUUGGGUGUUUUAUACCCAAGGAGGAACCCAUCUGGGUCCCUGAUGAGGCCGAACGUGCUUAGUCUCUUUGUGCCUGAUGAUAUGCGGCAUCUGGUGUUUGUGUAUUCGCUGAUUAUCGGCUGCAUGGUUGGUGCUGCGCCUUCUACCGUGCCUGUGUUGCAGCUACCUUCUACCUUGUCAAUGCAAAAUCAGCGAGCUCUAGGGGCUGUGAUGUUCGUUAUUAGUGACAUCUUUGUUGCCAGGGAUGCUUUCGGCAAGAAACCGGCUGAUAAAGGGGGAUAUUUUUGGCUAAGGGCGGCUGUUGGCUGGGGGCUUUAUUUUUGGGGACAGAUGGUUUUGGCUGGUACUGUGGUGGGAAGAUAG